AUGUCGAAUGAUAUAGAAAUUUUGAACGCAUGUGGAAUAUGUAAAAAUUUAGAUCAAGAUGAUAAUAUAAAUGAUCCAUUGAAAAAUAAACGAUACAAAGAAACAUUACAUGAUUUAAAUAGAGAAUUUAUGAAGCAUUACAUGUUAAUUCUUUCUCAGUCAAAAAAAUUUGAUCCAGAACAUGUUAAUUUAAUGUCAGAAUUAUUAGAAAAACAAAAGACGGCAACUCUAAUAUCAACACGGGCAAAUAUAUUUAAUGAUUCUAAUCGCGAUAAAAAAAGUCUUGAAUAUUACAAUAAUGCAUUAAAACUUGCCCCAUAUGAUGUAGACAUUUUGAAAGGUUGUGGAUAUCUAAAUCUCGAGCUAAGAAAUUAUAAAGAAGCUCUCGAAAACUUUAAUAAAGCUUUAGAAAUUAUGCCAAAUAAUAAAAAACUAUUUGAAUUAUAUGCAAUAGCAUAUCGAAAGAGACUUAUGAUGAUGCGUCGCUAG